AUGUGGCUCUGCGCUCUGGUUCUGGCCUCACUUGCUGCUUCCACAGCUUGGGCAGGGCACCUGUCUGCACCACCUGUGGUGGACACCGUGCACGGCAAAGUCUUGGGGAAGUUCGUCAGCUUAGAAGGAGUUGCACAGCCCGUGGCCGUCUUCCUGGGAAUCCCCUUCGCCAAGCCCCCUCUUGGAUCCCUGAGGUUUGCGCCACCGCAGCCUGCAGAGCCAUGGAGCUACGUGAAGAACACCACCUCCUACCCUCCCAUGUGCUCUCAAACCACAACUGAGGAUUCUUCACUGAUUCCAGGGCUCAAUGUCCGGGAGAAUGUAUCUCUCAAAAUUUCUGAAGACUGCCUUUACCUAAAUGUUUACACUCCCAACUUGAUGAAGAAAAGCAGGCUGCCGGUGAUGGUGUGGAUCCAUGGAGGUGGUCUGUUGGUGGGUGCGGCGUCAAUCUAUGAUGGCCUGGCCAUCUCUGCCUAUGAAAACGUGGUGGUGGUGACCAUUCAGUACCGCUUGGGCAUCUGGGGAUUCUUCAGCACAGGAGAUGAACACGGCCGAGGGAACUGGGGUCACUUGGACCAGGUGGCUGCGCUGCAUUGGGUCCAGGACAACAUUGCCAACUUUGGAGGGGACCCACACUCUGUGACCAUCUUUGGAGAGUCAGCAGGAGGUCAAAGUGUAUCCGUUCUUGUUUUAUCUCCUCUGGCCAAGAACCUCUUCCAUCGAGCCAUUUCUGAGAGUGGUGUGGCCCUCAUUCCUUGCCUCUUCAAGAAGGAUGCCAAGCCCUUGGCCGAGCAAAUUGCUAUCACCGGUGGUUGUGAAACCACCACCUCGGCUGUCAUGAUCCACUGCCUGCGCCAGAAGACAGAGAAAGAACUCUUGGAGAUAACACAGAAAAUGAAAUUUUUCACUCUUGAUUUGGUUGGAGACCCCAGACAGAGCUACCCCUUUCCACUCACUGUGGUUGAUGGGGUGCUGCUGCCAAAGGCACCUGAAGAGAUUCUGGCAGAAAAGAGAUUCAACAGAGUCCCCUACAUCGUGGGAAUCAACAAGCAAGAGUUCGGCUGGAUCCUUCCAACGAUUAUGGGCUAUCCACUCUCUGAAGGGAAGCUGGAUCAGAAGACGGCCACAGAACUCUUGUGGAAAUCCUACCCCAUUGUUAACAUCUCUAAAGAACUGACUCCAGUGGCCAUUGAGAAGUAUUUAGGAGCAACAGAUGACCCUGUUAAAAAGAAAGACUUGUUCCUGGACUUGAUUGGAGAUGUGUUAUUUUGUGUCCCAUCUGUCAUUGUGGCCCGUCACCACAGAGAUGCUAGAGCCCCCACCUACAUGUAUGAGUUUCAGUAUCAUCCAAGCUUCUCAUCAGAUAUGAAACCUGUGACGGUGAUGGGAGAUCAUGGGGAUGAGCUCUACUCUGUCUUUGGGAUUCCACUUUUCACAGAGGGUGUCUCAGAAGAAGAGAUCCAACUGAGCAAGAUGAUGAUGAAAUUCUGGGCCAACUUUGCUCGGAAUGGAAACCCCAAUGGAAAGGGGCUUCCUCACUGGCCAGAGUAUGACCACAAGGAAGGAUACCUGCACAUUGGAGCUGCCACCCAGGAAGCCCAGAAGCUGAAAGACAAGGAAGUGGCCUUCUGGACUGAGCUCAGUGUCUAA